GCCGCUCACCCUUCGCCUCCCUUCCCCGCCCUCAGAGGGCGAUGCUAGCGGCGCCGCGGCGCCUCCUCCGGCUCUGCAGCUCCACCUUCAGGAUGGGCGACUCGGCCUCCAGGCUGCCGCGGAAGGAAGAGGCGCUCCUCGGCAGGUGCCAGCGCGUCCCGGUGGCAGAUAAGCAUCAUGUCAAUGGAAACAGAAUGGUAGAACCUUUCCCAGAGGGAACGCAGAUGGCUAUAUUUGGUAUGGGCUGUUUCUGGGGAGCUGAGAGGAAGUUUUGGAGACAGAAAGGAGUCUACUCCACUCAUGUGGGUUACGCAGGAGGGUAUACUCCGAAUCCUACCUACAAAGAAGUCUGUUCAGGUAAAACUGGCCACACAGAGGCUGUACGAGUGAUAUAUCAGCCAGAAAACAUCAGCUUUGAGAAACUGCUCAAGGUCUUCUGGGAGAAUCAUGACCCGACACAAGGAAUGCGGCAAGGUAAUGACUUUGGCACACAGUAUCGCUCAGCCAUCUACACCUUUUCCCAGGAGCAGAUGGAAGCUGCCUUGAAAUCUAAGGAAGAAUAUCAAAAGGUAUUGACAGAAAGCGGCUUUGGUGCCAUCACAACAGAAAUCCGGGAGGCUCCGGAGUUUUAUUACGCUGAAGAUUACCAUCAGCAGUACCUUAGCAAGAACCCCAAUGGAUACUGUGGCCUCGGGGGAACGGGGAUUUCCUGCCCAAUCGGGAUCAAGAACUAGCUUGUGCUCAUGGCACCCCCAAUGCUUUGUUCUAGGGGGUUGUUCCAAAAAGGCCGACAACACCAAGAGGUGUUCCGAUACCCACAGCAUCAGCGCAUCAAGAUUUGGGAAGCCCAGUGGGAUGGCUUUCUGCAAUCUGAGCAGCUUCCUGUCUGUUGACAUUAAAAGCCAAAGAGAUCUGGAAAUUUUGCUUGCUGGCCAAUGCAGCUUCUUACUCUGUGCAGUUCCCUGGUUUCCUUGGAAGCCUGCAAUCUGGAGAGGAAAGAAACUUUUUAAAGUUUGGCUUGAAAUGCUGUUAAAUGGAUGGAUUAGGGGGUGGCUGCGCCCGUUAAGCACUUUGCAUAGCUAAUGUCUAUAGGCAUACUUAUUUUCUUGGAUUGAUGAAUUUGUUCUUGCUUUAGCUUUGACUUCUGGAGACAUGGCUGAGCUCAUCUUAGCUAUCACAACCCUGUAAUUUGAUGUCUUUGAGAAUGAUGAAUUUAGAAGAUCAGUAAUUCUCUCACAAUUCCACUUCCACAGCAACAUGUAAUAUCACCUAUAGUGCCUAUUUUCUGGAGCAAUUUUAGUAAGAAAAAGUAAAAAUUGUAAUGAUACUUCUUUUUGACAGUUCCGAAAAAUGUACAAACACAAGAAGAAAUCAAUUUGGUUUCCUGCACUACAAUAAAUUACAAAGUCAGGAAAGAAAAAUGCUA